AACUUUUGAGAGGUUUGACUGUAAUUGUUUUCCGUUUUCAUCAACAAAAUUGUCACAACAAUAUUAUGAAUUGUAAUCUUCUAAAUAACAAUUGAAAUUCGGUGAAAGUAAUAAUAUAUUUUUUAAAUUCUUGGUAAUUUCAUGAAAUGUUUUUUUCUUCUUCAUCCAUGAUCAUCUGUAAAUUCUCAUUGUUCUCAGGAAUGAUUAUUGAAUACGACGUGAAUUCAAAGAGUUCAAGGGAAGGUUUUAAUGUCAUUGUCAACUCAAGGCAAUUUAAAAUGUUUUGUUUGUGACAAUGAGAAAGGAUCUUUCAUCUGUGCCACAUGCAUUUGUCAAGGAGAGUUUAAAUCGUCCAAAAUUAACUGUAAAUUGGCUCAAGAAGCCAACGUUCAAGACCAUGGAAGAGGAUCAAGUAGUCUAUUAUCUCCAAUUCAGUUCAAGUUUUCUGAAAAAAACUAGAUUACGUCUGAAUCUAAUUGUACUCGAUAUCUUAUCGUUGAACCAUGGAUUCCAAGAGAUUCAAUUGCUCGCGCCUACUGUCAUUGGUUAGAUAAGAUGAAAGAUCCUAUUAAACUUAGUCCUAUUGGCGAAACAGAUGGACUGGAUGGAAAAAUUCGUGAAAAUGAUUCUUAUCGAGUCUCUGCUGCCCUAUCAUACAUCACUCAAUUAUUAUCAGUUGCUUCCUACUACGUGGAUGCUCGGUUCCCUAAACGGCUCAAUUUUGUUGAAUUUUAUUCUAAGUGUAGUGAUUCAGGGCCCGAAAUUUUUCUUACUGACGAAGAGAUACUCCAUAAAGUUGCCAAAUUAAAUGCAAAUCUAAUUUAUCUAUGCCUUUCACAAAGAGUUGAUCCCCGUUAUUUGGAACCAACUUACACGGGUCAUAAUUUAACUUUACUUCUCAAUCCAAACUUCAGUAAUCUUGAUCAAGCUGGGCCAAUUUACAUUGACUCGGAAACUCACCGCCGUGUUGAAGAAUCCUUAUAUCCUGAUUAUAUUCUGGUUGAACCAUCUGAAAGUCAAGAUUUUUCCGAAGCAGAUGACAUCUUCGAUGAAGAAUGUAUUGGAAAUGAUUGGGAGUCAGUUACAUCGUCCAAUACAACUCCUUAUGUGGAUUUAUUCACUUCACAACAAACUACUAGUAUGACUGGUGGAAUUAUGUCAUCAAUUGCUGAAACUGCUCUUUAUGCUGUUACAUCGUUUAUCCAUAAAAAAUGAAUCAUGAUUCUCAAUAAUAUUCAUCAUCAGCGUCAUCACCAACCUUAUCAUUUCUGCUUUAAAUAUUUCAGGAAAUUUUCAGGAUAACUGUAUUGGAGAUCAAAAUAAGGUCUUUAAAUAAUAAAAGCACAAAAAUAUCAUUUAA